AUGUCCAGUCAACACAGUGGGCCCGUUCUCCCGCUCAAAUGGAGCCCGGAACCGUUUAACGAGCUGAUCCGUUCCCUUUGUGUCAAGUGUGGAAUCGCGUUUGAGGAUAUCCCAACCCUCGACGACCCUGAUCUCCCGCGACCCGCCUUUGCUGUGGUCCUCGCCAUACCCACCAACCCCAGCUACAAGGCUAGGAAAAAGCGGUCCAGGGUGCUCGGAGCGGACCUGGGGAUCCAGACAGCUUAUAUGAAGGUGGCCACGAACGGCGCUCCUGCCGUGCCAGUCGGCCUUGAAAACGAAGUGGCAUACCACUCUAUCUGCUUGGUUCGAUCGAUCAAGGACGAAUUCCUGUACAAACUCGACGGGGUCAGCAAAGGGCCUUUUCGCUUGGGCAAAGUCGACCUGGGCAAGGGCGGCGACAUUCUCACCCAAAAGACAGUUUUUCUCAUCAAGCGAUACAUCAGCAGAGAUCAAGGCAGAAACGCCCCCAGACUUAUGGGCACUUGUGAACCGUGGGGAAAAGGAUGA